AUGGCGCUGCUGUACCGCGCGACGCGGCUUAAGGACCGCGCCGACACACACGUCUUCACCUUCGUGGUGACGCGCUCGGCCACUCGCGAGCCAGACCGCGACGUCACCUCAAAGGACUUCUGCUGCUCCCACCAGCGGUGGGCAGUCGCCUUCAGCCGCACUGAUGCCUCUUUAGGCGUGUACCUGGUAUGGCGGGGUGCGUGCGAGGGUAUGCGCGUCUAUGUAGACUUCACGUUCACUUUACUGAGCCGCGACCACUUCACUGCGAACGAGGGCUUCUCCGGCAAGCAGGUGCGGUUCAGCGCGGGAAGCGCAGCGCAGGGGCGCGGCCGGUGCAUCACGCUCGCCGAGCUCACUGCCAAGUUCGCGGAUGCGCGCGGCGAGUUCCAACUCGAGCUCACUAUGUCGAAGGUCCGCACAUUGUACUCAUGCGAGCUGCGAGCGCCUCGUCUCGAUACGCCGCCCAUAGCAUUCGCCGGAUUCGACUGGUCAGUGUCGGCGAGCGGGGGGAACAAGGAGCCCCUUACGCUCCGGCUGGUGCGUCUAUCCGGGGAGGGACAGCGCUGCCGGGUUCGGUAUGCCCUCGCUCUUGGAGAGGGCGAACGGCGCCUGCAUUCCGGUCCACUCGAGUGCGUAUGCGACCCCGAGGGUCGAACUCCGCCCUGGAACCCUCGUCCUCCGUCUCGUAUUCUACAUAAGGGUGUCCGGUUGACUGUGGAGCUGGUAUGGGCUCGUGCGCUUGCAGAGCUGGCGGUAUCGGCGGCCGGGCGCGCGGCGACGUGCUACGACCGUGACAAGCAGGCGUGGGCACUGCGGUGCGACACUCAUUCCGAGACAGUGCGCCUACACAUGCUGUACCGCGACGUACACCACGUCCCGAGGAAUCACCUGCGCUACGUGAGUUGGUCGGCGUGGCUGGUGCGCGCGUCACCAGCUCCGGGCGAAGCCGACGCUGAUGAGCUGCCGGGCGCACCUUUCGAACACUACUAUGCACAAGAGAGUGCUGACGAGGGACUCAUGAUGGAGACCGCACUUCGGGUGGAGGAUAUUUCGCGAGCUGGGUGUGCCUUUCUGCACGCGGGCGGUGAGCUUCGCGUUCGCCUCGAGUGGGGCGACACCUAUCUACUCUUCCAAGCUACAUACCACGUCUACGAUGACCUUUGUCGCCUGCACGCUCAUCAAAUGAGGCGUGAAAUAACAGCGUUGCAGGCAGAAAACUAUUCGCUGGAGCGGCAGCUGUUCAGCUACCAAAAGAGCCUGGCGUAUGCGCAGGCACAGGCGGGGGAGCCGGCGGGCGCAGAGGCCGCGGGGCGGCGCUCGCCCGCUGAGCGCUCGCUGUCCACAGACACGGAGUAUGCGUGA